AUGUCAAAUCUGGAAGAUCCUCCAUCCACUAAACAAAAUGGACACACAAAUGGAAGCAAUGAGGCGAAAGAGCAUCUUCCUGCAAAAGAAGAUAACAGUGUGUCUUCAUCCAACAUUGUAGUAUCAUCGUCGCAAGCUGUAAGUUCUGUAUCUAGUCAACCAAAAGGCGCGGAAGAGAAAGUGAGUCGUGAACCAGAAUUGCAGGUGGUUUCAGACAAAUCAGAACCGUCAACAGGGCAAAGAAUAGCAUCGCCUGAUCCUAAACAUAACGGCCAGAGAGUUAACCACCAACCACCAGGAGAGCCUCCUCUUCAUGGAAUUCUGAAAGACAGCCACAACAACGAGUCAACAUCUGGUGCUAGUAUGAUUCACCAGCAGAACAUUGGUGGUCAGAACUACAACCCAACUGACACCCAGCCUCAUGACAAGCCAUAUAUCCGCCAGAGCCGUCGUCCAACCAGGGCUGCUUCCCUGCAAGGAAGGGCUGCACCGUUUUUUGAUGAAACCUACGGAUCACUUCCUCGAAACUCAAGGUCAGCAACUCCAGCAGAAGAGAAUCCGUACGGUUUUGGUUCCUUUCCUCGGAGAACCAACAGCAGCACUCCAAAGCAGCAGAACGUCUUCUAUAAUGACGCUCAAGAUUUAGGAUCGCUUGCCAGAAAAGCAGAAUCGCAUUUGGGGUUUUCGGUGAGCAAUAAAGACAGAGAUCCCAACAUCGGGAGAAGCAACUAUGCAACGAUAAAUUAUAAUAAAAACAGCCACGGAACGACCGGCUACAGCAAUGACAUCUAUGGAGUUGGAAAUAAGUACAGCGACCCAAGGGCACCGUCAGGUCACGACUCCCAGAAUUCCCUCUAUAAUGUGAUCCGGAAUGGCAGCUCGUCUACUCAUUACUUCAGUGAUAGCGAGAACGGGAGAUACCGAGACGGCGCCGGGUAUCCUCGGAGUGUCAGAGCAGGGAGUGUGCCUCUGGGAUAUGAAUCAGAUUCUGGUGCUUACGUGAUGGCUGUGGCUGGACAGUCUCGUUUUGGGAGUAUUCCAAGGAACUACGAGUCCAGACCAGAUUAUGGUGUGGGGUCGUUUUCUGGUCUGCGUGCUACUAAUGGGGAGGAGCAGUACAGGGCUGCACCAGAGAAGCGACCAAUACCUAGACGUCACACUGUAGGAGGUCCUGGCAGGCGGAUAGACAGCAAGGAUUCG